AUGCCACCCAGGAUUAGACGUAGAAUAACAUCUUCAAAGAAAGAAGAAAUAGAGAAAGAACAAGAAUUAUUAUCAAAAUCAAUUGUACGACCCUUUGAUGUAUUAAAUAAUUUACCUGUUAGUUAUUCAUUACCAAAUAUUGAAGUUUUAAAACAACCUUUAACUGUUAAAGAUUCUGGAGUAUUAUAUAGAUCAUUAUUAAAAUCAAGAACAACUUAUCUUACAUCAUGUCCUAUGUUUCAAUUAUAUUGGGUAAAACAAUCUUCAUAUAUUAGGAAAUUAAUGGAUGAAGGAAAACCAAUUCCAAAACAUUUAAAAAGAGAUGAUACAUUAAGUGAAAGAAAAACAGUAUUGGGAAAUGAAGUAAAUGCAAGAGAUAUAAUGGUAAAAUUAUUAGAUUGUGGAUUAAGUAUUGGACCUCAUUCAUUUGAUGUAAGGAUAUUUAUUGCAAAAGAUUCAAGAUCAGAUACAAAGGAAGAUAAAAUUCAAAAGAAGAAAGAAAAAGAGGAAAAGAAAAGACAAAGACAAGAAGAAAAAGCAAUAAUGGAAGAAGAAAGAAAACAAAGGAAGAUAGAGAAAGAAAAGGAGAAAUUUGAAAAGGAAAAGGAGAAGAUCAAAAUACAAGAACAAAAGAGGAGAGAAGAAGAAAGGAGACAAUCUGAUCCAAAGAAGAAAACAACAAAGAAACAAGGUGAAAAGAAACAAACAAAAAAUUGUAAAAAGUCCUCAAAUAUGCAAACUGAUGAGAAUCAAAUCAUGAUUAAUAAUUUAAAUUACAUUGCUUCUUUAAAAAGCUCACUUAAUGAAUUAAUGAAAGUUGUAGCCCAUGGUGAAGCAGAUAGUCAACAGAUAUUAGAAUUUCAACAAUAUAUUAAACUAGCUAAAGAUUUAGGCCCACCUCCUCAUAAAGAUGAAGAAAUUGUUGUAUAUUUAGAAAACAUGAAUAAUCCAACUCCAAUUAAAAUUGAAAUACCACCACCAUUAUCAAAAGAAAAGAAACCUCCAAAAGAGAAAAAAGUAAAACCUCCAAAGGAAAUAAUACCCAGAGAUAAAAAAUUAACUGCAUUUCAAGAAUUGUAUCUGCAUGAUGCAACUUUAUUAUUUGAAUUUGUUGAGAAUUCAAACACAAGAUUUCAAAUACCUAAAAAUUCAAUAUGUGAAGUUUUGGAACCUUCUACUAUGAUAAAUGCUGACGAUGGUGAUGUUUCAGAUAAUAAAGAUAUAUUAAUUAGUUUUUUAUGGAUACAUAACCAAGAAGAAGUUAAUGAAUAUGAACGAAAAUUGGAAGAAUAUAAUGAAAUAAAGGAAGAAGAGAAGAGGAAAGAGGAAGAGAAGAUAAAAGAAGAAGAAGAAAAGAAAGCAAAUGAAGAAAAAGAAAAAAAUGAAGAAGAGAAACCUAAUGAAAAUGAUAAGAUAGAAGAAGAUAAACCAGAAGAAUCGGAAAAUAAAGAAGAGGAAGAUCCAGAUGCCGUUGAAGUUAAACAUGAAGAAGAGCAAUCUACUGAUGUUAGAUCUGAAGAGCAAGAACCGAUAGAAAAUAAAGAAGAAGAACCUAAAAGAAGAUUUGGCAGAGGAAGAAAAAAGAAAAGAGGUCCCCCACCAAGAAAACCAGCUACUCCAAAAGAAAUACAACCACCAACAGAACCUGAAAUUAGAUUUACUAGUGUUUCAUUUUCAUUACAUGGAAUUCCAACAAAAUUAUUACCAAUUUUUUUAAACAGUGUUAAACCAUUAGAAGAAGUUCAAAGUUAUAUGAAACAUAUACUUGAAGUUGGAGUACGAGCACCAUCAUUUUAUUUAUGGUAUCAAGUUGAUGGUAAAUUAGAUGAAUCAUUAGCUGAGGAUAUACGAUCUGAAUUGGUUUCUGAAGAGAAAAGAAUGACUGGUAUACCCACAAUCCAAGAACCUAGUGAAAAGAAAGUAUAUCCAAAAAAGAAGAAAGUAACUACAGAAGAAGUUGAAAAUAAAAAAAACAAAAAAAUAAAGAUUGAAACUCCACCACCUAUCGUAAAUUAA